GGAGGUUGGGGCUGUUACCCGCGGCGGGGGGCGCCCGCUAUUGCGCAGGCGCCUCAGGAAGAUCUCUGCCUCGCGCAGAGAUCGGGUCGGCCUCGUCCCCAGGGCGCACGAGCGCGGGGUUCCGCCAGUGCUGAGUUCCGCGCUCCGGCUGCAGCGGGAACCCUGAUUGCUCUCCUUCAACACAUUCAUUAUGAAGUUAUUAGUAAUACUUUUAUUUUCUGGACUUAUAACUGGUUGUGGCGGUAACUCUUCCCGUAGCCUGCCAUCCAAGCUGCUGCUGGUGUCCUUUGAUGGUUUCAGAGCUGACUAUCUACAGAACUAUGAAUUUCCUCAUCUCCAGAAUUUUAUCAAAGAAGGAGUCCUGGUAGAGCAUGUUAAAAAUGUUUUUAUCACAAAAACAUUUCCAAACCACUACAGCAUUGUGACGGGCUUGUAUGAAGAAAGUCAUGGCAUCGUGGCUAAUUCCAUGUAUGAUGUAAUCACAAAGAAACAUUUUUCUGACUUUGAUGACAAGGAUCCUUUUUGGUGGAAUGAGGCGGUACCUAUUUGGGUGACCAAUCAGCUUCAAGAAAACAGAUCAAGCGCUGCCGCUAUGUGGCCUGGUACUGAUGUACCCAUUCACAAUACCACACCUUCCUAUUUUAUGAAUUAUAGCUCUUCAGUGUCAUUUGAGGAGAGACUAAAUAAUAUUACCAUGUGGCUGAUGAAUUCGAACCCACCAGUUACCUUUGCAACACUCUACUGGGAAGAACCAGAUGCAAGUGGCCACAAAUAUGGACCUGAAGAUAAAGAAAACAUGUACAGAGUGUUGAAAGAAGUAGAUGACCUUAUUGGUGAGCUAGUCCACAAACUCAAGGUGCUAGGAUUGUGGGAAAAUCUCAAUGUGAUCAUUACCAGUGAUCAUGGGAUGACCCAGUGCUCUAAGGACAAACUGAUAAACCUGGAUCUCUGCAUUGAUCGCUCAAGCUACACUCUUGUAGAUCUGACUCCAGUUGCUGCUGUCCUUCCCAAAAUAAAUACAACAGAGGUUUAUAACAAACUGAAAGUCUGUAACCCUCACAUGAAUGUUUAUCUCAAAGAAGACAUUCCUGCCAGAUUUCAUUACCAACAUAAUGAUCGAAUUCAGCCUAUUAUUUUGGUUGCUGAUGAAGGCUGGACUAUUGUAUUAAAUAAAUCAUUACCAAAAUUAGGUGACCAUGGUUAUGACAAUUCUUUGUCGAGUAUGCAUCCGUUUCUAGCUGCCCACGGUCCAGUGUUUCACAAAGGCUACAAACACAGCACAAUUAACAGUGUGGAUAUUUAUCCAAUGAUGUGCCACAUCCUGGGAUUAAAACCACAUCCCAAUAACGGAACCUUUGGUCAUACUAAGUGUUUGUUAGUUGACCAAUGGUGCAUUAAUCUCCCGGAAGCCAUUGGAAUUGUGAUCGGUGUGCUCUUGGUCCUAACCACGCUAACAUGCCUGAUUAUAAUCAUGCAGAAUAGACUGUCUGUACCCCGUCCAUUUUCCCGACUUCAGCUGCAAGAGGACGACGACGAUCCUUUAAUUGAGUAGCAUGUGCUGGAGUUUAUAGAGUGUCUUUGAUCAGUCACGAUACUGAGGACACACUCAAGAAUGGUAUUCUAACGAUGAAAAAUACACCUUGAGAGACAAAGAACUUAGACCAAGCAUGCUAGAAUUAUUUUGUUUUUUCUUGUGCUUUGUUUUACUGCAUCAGCUAAUACAUAAAACCCUGACCAUAGCAAAAAUUGCUAGUAAAUCAGUAGUUAACACCAACUAUUUCUCCAACUAGAAACUUUUUGUAAGAAAGAUAAUGCCUCUGCCUUUUUCUUUUGCAAUGAAGAUUUGACACAUUUUUAAAUAAAAAUACAUCAAAAUUUAGUAGGCAUGCUUUUCUAAUAAAUUUUUAUAUUUGUAACUGAAAUAACAGAAAUCUUUUUGCAAUUAGUGGAUUUUGUGUAUCAGGAAGGGAAAGUUUUCUAUAUUUUUAUAUUUAAUAAUUUUAAUAGAGUUUGUAUCCCAGGUAAACCUAUGACAUUGGAAGACCUCUGUGAAGGUUAAUAAAAUUGGUUAAGCAGGCAGAACAGAUCUAGCAUAUGAAGAAAUUAUUUUAAGAAAAGCUAUUAUAAGAAAAACAACAAAGACCAUGUGAUACAAAGCUUGAGUCUUUACCAUUGUCUUUGUUAAGAUUCCUAAGCUGUUGAAGCCAGGAAAGAUAUCUUUCGAAGACUGUUGCUAUAAGAAAUUAAGAAAAUGGAAAGAAUUACUUUUCUCUGUCUGUGCUUAAUGCUGUUGUGUAAGUUAUUCUUGUGUGUAUAAGUGUGUUUGCGUGUAUGAAUGUGUAGACUUCCUGUGACUGACCGAAGCGGUCAGAGCAGCUGGUCUGUGGGCUGACUUCCACAUUCCCACGGAAUGUGGCUCUCAGCAAAGGGUAUAUUUGCACUUCAUAUUUGUGUACUUUCUUAUGACUCACAAGCUAAAGUCAUAACUUAAGAAAGUUCCUUAGUUUUUGCCACCAUGUUUUACUUUCUCAUGUUGUUUAUUAUAGCCAGAGGUAUCCAAGCACUGUAAAAAAAAAAAAAAAAAAAUGUAUGACCUGAAUACAAAUCUGGCUUCAGUUGGGUCGGAAUGAGGAAGAAAGAUUUUGAUAUCUAUCUUUGGGGCGUUUAUACCUUACUUUUUAGGCAGUAGAGUAAAUUUAAAAUGGAAUUUGGUAUCUUGGAUCUUUCCCACUGUUCCUAUGUGAAGUGGCAGGGUCAACAAACACUAAGCACUGUUGGCAUUGUGUAGCCUGAGUGCUGGCCCUCUGUUUCUCCAGUGUUUGGUUCACAGAAGUAAUUACUCUGCUCUGAUUUUUUUUUUUAACAUGUAUGUCCAGAACUAAGGAUUUGUUGUAAAGAACUGCCAUCCUACCUUUGCUGGGUGAUACUUUCUAAUAAUCAGAAGUAAUAUUCAAAAACUGAGUUGUGACAGACAAGAUUAUCUCUGUUAAAGGAAAAAUGGGGUUCAAGAACCGCCCUCAGGACUUGAGGCAAACGGUCGAUAGUGUGAUCCUUACAGUUCUGACAGUAUAAAAUAAACUAGGUAACUGUUUUACAGAUAGAAAUAUUAUCUGCGAUCAAUAUGCCAUCCAGCUAAGUGGUGAUCAUCUGUGAUGGUGAAGAACAAUGGUACCAGGCAUUGGACAUACAAUUCAUCCCAUUUGGUCACCACUCAUUUUGCGACCUGAGGAUUUGGUACCUAUUGUUUCUGGAGUUCUUGAGAAGCAUUUCUACAGCCUGCAUAAGUAGUUCAUGCUAUUUGGUCAUAAGUUGACUGUAUUAAGAAUAGCACAGUAAAUAAAUAAAACCAAUAGGGUUAAUUUUGCUUUUUGAAAAAUUUUAUUUUGUCUUUUUCUCACGUUAAGAUUUAUCCUAGAAGUUAAUAGUUUUUCUGAACAAAAUAAUAGAAAAAUUUGUUUGUUUCAAUUUCCAUUAAAAAUAAAACAAAAACAAAGGACAGUCCCAAUUAACACAGUGGACACUUUUUUGAAUUACCUGAACUAGUAGCAGGACAUUUUAUCCUCGUCCAGUAGAGCUUGGUCCUUGUGGUGCUGUUUCAGUCCUUGCCUUAGUUUGAGUGGUGGUUAUAAGUUUCAGAAAUCCAUAACGAGCAUUGAGCCUGUGAGUGGAUUUGGGACGGAAAUCCAUCCAUAUGGAUUGGAAAAGGAAGGGAUGUCCUGUCCAUGUCUUAAUCCUUUGAACAAGAUAUUUACUUUUUUGUCUUGUCUUUCAUUCUAUUCUCAAAAUACUAACUUUAAUUAAAAUUGUAAAAUUUUUUUGUAUAUAUGCUGAUGGGACAAAACAGUAUUUAUUUAAUCCAAAGAGAUGUUUAUAUGUUAUUAUUUUGAACUUUAUGUUAUUUCAUUUGUAUCUUUAAAAAAUUAUCACUGUUAAAGCCAGUGACUCCCCUAAUACACUGAGAAAAUCCUUCAGUGAAGCCAGCCUUUACUUUAAGGUUUUGGUGUAUAUUUUGUUAAAUAAUUAUCCUGACAUGUUUUCUGGGUGAUGGAAAAUAUUUGGCUCCAGGAAACAUUUACCUGUUUAUGACAACAAUAGUCAAAGGUAAUAGGAAAACUUAUUGAGUGGUUUUUGUUAAUUCAGUAGGUGAAUUCAGAGUAAGUGCAUUUACUUAUGAAGGACAGUUCUGCUGUUACUAAUGGGCAAGUUCUUCUGGUAAACAACAAUAGACUUCUAAUAUAAAUUAUUUCAAUGCUGUGUACUAUAGGUUUUGUGAUAUUGUUUCAUUAAGCUUCAUACAAGAAUUUAAAGAUAAAAUCUUGACGCAUUAAAAGAUUAAAGAUGCCUUUGCAUUGUUCUUGGGUGUCUCCCUCUCUUGUCCGUAUCUGGUAAGCUUUAAGGAUGAUGGCAUUUAAUUCCUUUUAUUUGGAGGGUUUUACUUCGUUGUGAAUACGUAAAGUUAUAAAUGAAGGAUAAAGAUAGUAUGUAUUGUCACUUAAAAUAGUGUGUACAUAAAAUGACAUGAGUGUGCUUUUAAAGAAAUCUGUAUGUAGUGCCUUAAGCUGAAGUAAAAUAUAUUUUGACUAUAUUGUCUGAAUUCAGUUAAUGAUUUUGCUUAUGAUUAAAACAUUUUAUGUGAAUAAAAUCUACCACUUUUGC